AUGAAAACACAACAGAGCAAGCACAGCCUGCAGGACGUGUGCGCCCGGAAGCAGACAGACGGGCCGGAAGACUGGCGAACAGACAGGCUGAGCAAACUGGUGGUCGGAGAGGCAAGCAUGCCGCAGGCAGGGCAGGCUGGCAGACAGGCCACCGAGCAGACGAGGUGCCUAGCAGUUCAGCUGACGAACUGGUGGGCAGGCAGGUGGCAGUCUAACAGGCAGGUGGGCAGCAGGGCAGAUGGGCAGUGGGAUAACAAGCUAGCGGGCAGCAGGGCCGGCAAGUGGCGAGCUGACAGGCUGGCGGGCAGCAGGGCAAAUGAGCAGCAGGCUGGUGCAUGCGCUCGCGAGAGGAUGCGGGAGAGCAUCAUCGCGCCGCCGCGCGCCUCCAUGGCGGCGCCCGAGUGGCAGAAGCUGGUGGACGACGUGCGGGCGUCGCGACCCCGCUUCAGCGUGGCGCCGGAGCUGGCGCCGCCGGACGAGUGGCGGCGCCUCACGCCCGUCAGCCGCUUCCGCGCGCUGGUGCGCCUGGCGCUGGCCAACGCGGCGUGGCUGGGCGAGGCCGCCGCCGCCGCCGCCGCCGCGGGGGCGGAGCAGGAAGGCGAGGACCUGGUGCCGCGGGCGGAGCCCUCCGGCCCGCUCUCGCCCGAGGUGAAGUGCCUGCUGAGGCGGCCGGCCGUAGCGCGCGCGCCCGCCGAGCGAGAGCAGAUCCAGCGCGCCGUCGGCAGGCUCAGCUGCUUCCGCCGCUACCCGGAGCACGUGCGGCGCCUGCUGGCCGAGGUCUGCUACUACGCCUACUACGGCCCGGGCCGGAGGAUCGCGCGGCAGGGCGACGAGGCGCGAGCUCUCUACUACCUGGUGUCCGGCCAGGUGCGGGUGACGACCAGCCACUGGGACGAGUUCCGCAAGGCGACGGUGGAGGAGGCGGCGGAUGACCCUCUGGGGCCGGGCGAUACCUUCGGCGAGACGUCGCUCCUGCACGGCGCGCGGCGCGAGGCCACCUUCACGACGGACACCGCCUGCGAGGUGCUGUACCUGGAGCGCGAGGACUUCUCGCGCGUCAUGAGGGCCACCCUGCAGCGCUCCUGGGACGAGUGCCAGCGCUCCCUCAGGCUGUUCCGCUGCUUCGACGGCUGGGACGCCGUGUCGGCGCGCGAGUGCUGCUUCCUGGCGCAGACCAACAGCUACAGGGACGAGGAGACUGUCCUGGGAGACGGCGUGGGCCAGCCGGAGAGCGUGCACUUCGUGCUGGACGGCGAGUGCCAAGUGGUGCAGCACCUGCAGCUGUCCCCGACCAAGGCGGUCUUCAUGCGGGUGUGCUCGCUGCGGAAGACUGCGGUGUUCAACCUGGGCGAGAGCCUGGAGCGGCGGCGGGUGGUCGCUGUUGGUGAGAAGACAUCCUGCCUGCUGGUCCCGCGGCCCUGGCUCCUAGAGCGGCGUCCCCACGUGUGGACGCAGCUGCGCCAGGUGCUGCAGCACACCCUGCCGUCGCAGCGUGACGUGGACGCCGCCUUCUUCCAGCACCGCCGCUGGCUCGACUACCGCCGCAGCGUCGUGGAGCCGGUUGUCGCCGCCCGGCGCAUGCCGCUCCACUCCUCCCUGCGCGACGUGCCCUACUCCAUCCGCGUACAUAGCCCUGACCUCACCUCUCUUCCCCCCUGACAGGAUCCAUUCCUCACCUGAUACACUCCUCACCAGCUUCAACUCUCACCAGCUCCAACACCAACCAUGUUCAACACUCAUAAGAGUGCCGUCGCUCCUGCUGCAACACCUGCCAGUUCUAGUCCUGAUACACUCCUCACCAGUUUCAACGCUCACCAGGUACACACCUAUCAGCUCCAACACAAACCAUGUUCAACACUCAUAAGAGUGCCGUCGCUCCUGCUGCAACACCUGCCAGUUCUAGUCCUGAUACACUCCUCACCAGUUUCAACGCUCACCAGGUACACACCUCAUCAGCUCCAACACAAACCAUGAUCAACAUUAAUAUGGACCUUCUCUCACCAUAAUUAGUCUCAACACACAUCAGUUUGAACACUUACCACAUUCUACAAUCAUUCAUUCUGACACUGGCCUUUUUCAAUAGUGAGUGCAGUACAACAGUUCUUUCGGUAGUCUUAAAUCAAAGCUUUUACUUCCUCUAACAAUUGCCUUCUCUAAAUUCUAGUUUAUAUUUGUUUUCGUGCUCACAUACAACGUCUUUGAACUUUCCCUUUAGUUCAUUUAAUACAAUUUUAGAACCAACUUAUCUCAUAAGUUUACUUUUAGGUGUACUGAUUUUCUUUGAUCGCAGUCUUUCGAAUUUGGCUUCCUCCACGUUCUGAAUUCUGUGUCAGUACUUAUUUUGUGUGAAGUAAAUUGGCUGUACAUAAUUUACAUAU